UCUUUCACAAAACAUAACUUUUCGUUGCUUAGUUUCUCGGAUUUGUAUAGAACUUGUAAAAAAUAUGACACCAAGAAAGUUUUCUUCCAAGCUUGCCAUCUUACUCCUUGUCACUUAUUUUAUCUUAAUUUCUGCAGAUGAUUUACCUUCACCAGAAGAUCCCUCAGGAGGUUGUGUGUUAAACUUCACAUCCAAUCCAUUCCAACCAACUGGGGAGUGCCUCCAUCACGUAAAACAGAAAAUAAACGUGUGGGGGAGCUACCUCACGAGCCCGUGCUGUCGAAAUGUCCUCACCACCAUGUCCAAAGCCUUAGCCAUUCACGCAGUCAAGACGCAGGGCAGCGCCCGCGUCUUUCUUUCACAACAAGAUUGGAAAAAUUGCAGCGGCCCUUUUCAGAAGGAGCGAAGCGUGUCUGCAGAAAAUUGUCAUUUUGGUGACCUUUACUACGGCAGCAGCACGUGCUCGAACACAACUCUUGCAUCCAUCAAGACAGAGCAGGCUUUCCAAAACGCAAUAAGGAAAUGCGCAAACCUCAGCAAUGCAUUUGACGAUGUUUGCGGAAAUUGCAGCAAGGCAGUGUUAGGCUUGAGGGACUCUUUGCUGAAAGCAUAUGGAGUGAAGGACGGGAACGCAACUGAGACGGGCAUAUGUGGUAUAGCAGCUGUUAUUUCUGUUUUAGAAGAGAAGAUGAACAAUACCUUUUUGAUCGACAAUGACUACAUGUGGUGUAUGUCUUUGUUAGAUGCCUUCGAUCCAGGCUACGUCAAACUCAAAUAUUCUUUGGCAGAAGCGAUACUUUCAAUCUUAAUAGGCAUCACCACAGUGACGCUGAUCAUCCUGCUGAUACAUUUUGUGACCAAGAAGAAGCCUCAAAAACCGGUUCUCUCAGGACCGAUUACUACAUGGUCUGGCCUGUACAGGUUCUCCAAGGCCGAGAUUGAGAAUGCCAUCAAUACAGAAAGAAAGGAUCUAGGACGAGGAAGCGCAGGUCAAGUUUAUAAAGGGGUUCUUCCGAGCGGGCAAGUUGUGGCCAUUAAGCACAUAAACAAGAGCAACAAAUCCGAUUCUUUUACUAGAGAAGUGGAAGGCCUUUCGAGGGUUCGACAUCCAAACUUGGUUUGCCUCUUUGGUUGCUGCGUCGAAGAUGGUGAACAAUAUCUUGUUUAUGAAUAUUGUGCUAAAGGGAAUCUAGCUCAACACCUCCUAAGAAACGAUCCUGUCUUAACAUGGGAAAGAAGAGUUAAGAUUCUAAGAGAUUGUGCACUUGCUUUGAGAUAUCUCCACCAUUAUAUUGAUGGCUGCAUUGUUCAUAGAGAUAUUAAGCUCACCAACAUCCUUUUGACCAAUAACUUGGAACCCAAGCUAUCUGAUUUCGGUCUAGCAAAGAUGUUGGGUAUGGAGGAAAGCAAAGUAUUUACAGAUGUUAGAGGAACCAUAGGGUACAUGGAUCCAGAGUACAUGACCAAUGCCAAGUUAACCUGCGCAAGUGAUGUCUACAGUUUCGGUAUUGUUGCUCUGCAACUGCUAUCGGGGCAAAAAGUAUUUGAGCUAGAUCUUGAUGCUAGAGACCAACUAACGAGAAAGGCGAAGGAUAUAAGUAUGAACAAACGCCCACCUGAGGAUCUUGAGGACCCAAGAAUGAAUGGAAAUGUCAACAAGGCAGACUUUGAAUCGAUCCUGCAAGUUGCAGUACUUUGUGUUGCCAAAUCAAGCAAAGGCCGCCCUACGAUCGAUCUUGUCUUCGAAGAGAUGGACAAGGCUUGGAAGAACACUCUUGCUGACAUGAAGGCAAGGCUUAAUAAAGGGAUAGGUUCAUCAGCAACACCAGUGUCUACAUCUUCCGAUGUGUUUUCAGUCUGACUUGCAAUCAUGAUCAACAAAGGUUUUGGCUCGGUGUUAAUUUUGGGUCUUUUCUGCGUUUGUUCGGCCUAGAAAAAAUUGGUGUUUAAUUAUUGGAAAAUAUGCACAAAUAGAACUAGAGGAACAUUAAAAUGUGGUUCAUAUAUGGUAUUUUUUUGUCUAUCGUGUUGAGUUUCUUUUUAAUUAAAAGUUUGUAUGUGGUUUCAUUUGGGCAUAUUUAUCUUGAUUAUUAGGAAAUAAAGAUGUAAUAUAAUCUAAGGUGUACCACUACCACUUGCGUAGUAAACUAGUAGUUGUCGCUA